UGUUUUCAGCUCGAGUUGGCCAAACUCAAAUCAGCUCUCGGCAGUAAAAACACGGUCACAGAACACGGCCGUGUUCUGAAGGCCUACUGCCCGUGUUUUCACUGCCGAGCCUGUUCAAUGCUUCGUUUCUCCCUCGUCCGAACUCCGAAUCAGUCGCCGUUUGAUCCCAGACGCUCGUAGUCUCGUCCUCUUUCAUUUCAUAACAAGCUUGCAUGAUUCUUUGUUCAUGAAGUGAGGUAGAAAUCCAU